AUGGCCAAGCUCAGGAAAGCCCUGAACCCCUUCUCCUCGUCGUCGAGCUCCGACAGCCCAGACAAAAACACCCCCAAGAAAUCUCGAAGCCGCAGCUCGUCCCCCGCCAGCACGACCGCGACCACGACACCGACCGACACCCCAACGAAAGAGAAAGAGAAAUACCGAUUCUCCCUCUCAGACGCCCUCUCCGACGCCCUCCGCCCGCCUUCUCGCGGCAAGCCCGAAUCCUCACCCUCCAUGCUACAGCCACCAACCAGCGACGCGCGCCCGCGCUCACGAGGAAAGGACAAGGAGAAGACCGACGCGUCAUCGAGACGAAAAUCGCUGGACCUACCGCGCGCCUCCUCUAAAUCCACCAGCAGCCCGACGACACCACCGAGCAAGUCCUCCGCAAGCAAGUCACCUGUCAGCAAGUUCCUCGAGAGCACGGAUGCCGCGGCGGGGACGACGGAUUGGGCCACGCUCAAUCAAACGGCCAUCGACAACGCGCUGCUCGCUCCACCGCCGCUCUUCUCCAAUGCCGCUAGUCCACUACAUAAUCAGUAUGCGCACGACCUCUCGCCUGUUGCGGCGUCGCCGGCUCCAACCCUCGCGCAGACGCUGACGACGUCGCCCUCCCAAUCGAGUAGCGGCUCGCUCCGUGCUGCGCCCUGUACGUCGCUCGCCACCCGCUCUGAGUCUCCGACUGUGGUGCGGUUUCCGAGACCACAUGCCCACGGGCAGCUAGUCAGGGGCGGCAUUCUCGUUACGGCGUGGAAGCGGUGGCAGUGCUGUAAAUGCGGGGCGCAGACAGUGUGGGAGCAGGGGGUUUGCAGUAAUUUGGGGUGUGGUGGAGAGAAGUGUGGGUGGUGUGGGUUGUUUGAUGAUUAG